GCAGGCUAGGCUAUUUCCUGGCGGGUUUAAUUGAACUUCUUUAGGGUGUAUACAUAGGUGGGCUGUUACUGUCAAAUUAGUAUAGGAAAUAACACGAAAAGAAACAACACUAAAACCACGCUUCCGGAAUUGAAAUGCACCACUUGACUGGCAUGCUCUAGUCUAUGAUGUUUAGAGUCUCUUAAAAUAGGCGCAGAGUGAAAGCUCAGCGUCAAAAACUUUCCCAGCAUUCCUCGCGUCACUGUGUGCUCAGCUCAUCUGCGGUUGUUUCAAACAUGGAGGAGAGGGAAAGAAAAAGUGUAAAAUCAGACCGUAAAGAAACGGCAGCUGCAACCUGUUCGAGUGCGGCAUCAGUACCGGAGCACGGACCGGAGACAGACAGCAAAGCUGUGGACGAUGACGCAGAUAAAAUAGAUGUCUGCUCUGAUCAGUUUGACCCUCUCUUGGCCUUGUACUCGCCGACUGUAUCGCUUCCUUUUCCAAAUGUCAAAUGCUUCAACAAUGUGUCAGAAUACGAGAGCUUUCUAAAGGGCGGCCGGGGCAGAGCCAAACCGGACAAUGUGGAGAAAAGGCGGCUAAAGGCAAUGAAAGGGGUGGCGGACCCGGAGCGCAUUGAAAGACUGAAGAAGCUCAUGGUGAACAACCCGGUUUCAGAGAAGAUGGAGGGGGAGAGCAGCGGCACUUCGCAGAGAAGGAGGCAGAAGCCACACAAAAAUGUCUUGUCAAGGAUGCCUUUAUGUAAAGGAAGUCCAUUGGGGGAGCUGUACCGAUGCGUUGAGGAGAGGAUAAGGGUCAAAGUUCACAUCAGGACCUUCAAGGGACUGAGGGGAGUGUGCUCUGGCUUUGUCGUGGCCUUCGACAAGUUCUGGAACAUGGCAAUGGUAGAUGUAGAUGAGACAUACAGAGAGCCUCUGCUUGGAGAGGCAUUCUACCAUGAGAAAGCUCUCACCAUUUUACGGCUCUUCGAGAAGCUAAAGCUCCACGAGAGCUCAGCAGAUGAUGAGUCAGCAAAGAAGCACGAAGCCCGGGGAACAGCCAGCAAGCAGCAGCCUGCAAACCCAAAAGACCUGUCUGCUCAUUGUACUAGCAAGAGAGGGCACGGCAGGACAGAGUCCAAGCUGUCAGACAUUGUUAAAACCAAACAGGAAAAACACAAAGUCUCACUGAAGGCCCAGGGUCCAGAGGUCUGUCAGAAGAAAGACUCCCAGGCGUAUGGCAAGGUCCAUACACGCCACAUCAACCAACUUUUCAUCCGGGGUGAGAACGUUAUCCUGGUGAACCCACAGCCACUCUGAGUUUUGUUUUCUGUUUGAUAUUUUCCCUGGAUAAAAGGAAGGCGUGCUACAACCACGAUCAGUUACAUUUAAGUAUUACUUGAUGCUUAACGUCUGUAAUGAUAGGUGUGAAAUGCUGCCAGAUAGAUAUGAUUUAAUUAGAUUCGGAAGAAUCAAAGAAGGACUAUUGUUAUAUCAUAUUGAUAUUGAAGUCUUUCUCUGCCCACCAGAGAAAUUAUCUUGAUUUUGAGGAAUAACAGCUUCUCACUUGUAAUUAUAGUAAUUUCUUGUCUUGUUUUCUUUUGUUUGACAGCCACUAAAGGAAAUGUAUUUUGACACCGCAUUAAUAACUGUUUGUGUUAUGGUUAUUACCCAGCAGGUGGCAGCAUAAACACAUUAGUGCCAUCUGUGAGGCCAUUGUCAUCUCAAAGAGCUUGUCCCUUUAUGUUGCUUUUCCCGUUAGUUUGAACAGGAAUGACAGCGCAGUCUCAGCGGACUUCAUAAAUGCAUUAUGAAUAAUUGAGUUUGUGAAGCUAGAGAUUGCAGAUGGCACUCAAAAGCUGUCAUUUGUCUUGACGUCUCAGAUUGCUUUUACUCUUUAAUGGGCACAUUACCCAUAAAAGCACAAUUUACUACAUCUCAUGGAAGUUGUAAAGAUGUUGCUUUUUUCAGUUUUAAAUGGCAGAGGUUACUUUUGGAUGAUGAGUGUCACAGAACGAUUGUAUGUUGCUAUAAUGUUUCUGGGUCUGAGUCAGAGUCUUAUUUUAGUUUUUCUUAAUUUGGCUGCCGUUUAAUCGACCCAGUAGCAGAGCUGUUGUUCAUCCGUAUUACUGUUACUUUUCAUAUAAUGUAUCAGUAUUAUUAUUAUUAUAUUAUAUAUUAUAGUAUUAUUAGUAUAGCCUACCUCUCCAGAGAGUGAAAAUGGGGUCAACUUUUUAAUGCAAACUGUGUUUUAGUCGUGUUCGUCACACCAGUGUGUUCCAACAAACCUUGAUACAAUAUGAGAAGGGCACAGCACUGGUGGUGAAGAGAUGGGCCACAAUUAGACACUACACAAUGUUUCUCCUAAGUGUAUUAAACCAGAGUAAUCAGGCCAUCCAUCUCAUUAGGACAAACCUCUACAUUUCAUCAGUUGAAUAAUUAUUGAAGCAUUAAGGACACAAAGUAUCAACAGUUCUUUAAAUACAACACUACUAGCUUAAAUCAACAAAGGGUUGAGAUUUCUAAACAUCGGUCACAGUAAGAAUCAGUCUUAUUUCAGUGAAAAUGUUUGCUGAUACACUCUGUACUCAUAAUAUCUUCAUGUGAUCUAGUUUCUGGUCGUGUACAGUAUGUUAUGUUGACUGUGAUGCACUUGGCAGUGGCAACCUAUGGAUUUGGUGGUCAGACUCAUUUAUCAGCUGAUGUGCAUGUAUUAAGAGUUUACAUUCCCUGCA